AUGAGGGGUGUGAGACCCUGCCUCUCCUCCCUGCUCAUCGUGUCUGUUCUGCGCUGCGACAGGUACAUCAUGACAAGCGGCCGGACUAUGGAGUCCACCAAGGAGUUCUUCCUGAAGCAUCGCUAUUUUGGCUUGAAGAAGGAAAACGUCAUCUUCUUCCAGCAGGGCAUGUUGCCUGCCUUGGGGUUUGAUGGCAAAAUCCUCCUUGAAGAGAAGGGCAAGAUCGCCAUGGCGCCAGAUGGCAACGGGGGCCUGUACCGGGCCCUGGGGGCACACGGCAUCAUGGACGACAUGGAGCGGAGGGGUGUGCAGAGCGUCCAUGUCUACUGCGUGGACAACAUCCUGGUGAAAGUGGCUGACCCCCGGUUCAUUGGGUUCUGCUUGGAGAAGGGAGCAGACUGCGGGGCAAAGGUGGUGGAGAAGACCAACCCCACGGAGCCGGUCGGUGUGGUGUGCCGAGUGGAUGGCGUCUACCAGGUGGUGGAGUACAGCGAGAUAUCCCUGGCCACUGCCCAGAAACGGGGCCCGGACGGGCGGCUGCUCUUCAACGCCGGCAACAUCGCCAAUCACUACUUCACCACCGCCUUCCUGAAGGAUGUAGUGAACACUUAUGAACCGCAGCUGCAGCACCACGUAGCUGAGAAGAAGAUCCCACAUGUGGACAUCACUACAGGGCAGCUGAUCCAACCGGAGAAGCCCAAUGGGAUCAAGAUGGAAAAGUUUGUCUUUGACAUCUUCCAGUUUUCAAAGAGGUUUGUCGUCUACGAGGUGUUGCGCGAGGACGAGUUCUCUCCCCUGAAGAACGCAGACAGCCAGAACGGCAAGGACAACCCCACUACAGCCCGACACGCCUUGAUGUCCCUGCACCACUGCUGGGUUCUCAAUGCGGGGGGGCACUUCGUGGAUGAAAACGGCACGCGCAUCCCCGCCAUCCCUCGCGUCACAAACGGAAGGUCAGAGGCCACCCCGGCAGAUGUCAAUGACAACUUGAAGGAUGCGAAUGACCUGCCCAUCCAGUGUGAAAUUUCUCCCCUCAUCUCCUACGGAGGAGAAGGUCUGGAAAAAUACGUGAAGGGCCGAGAGUUUCGCACACCUUUGAUCAUCGACGAGGACGGGAUCCACGAGCUGGUGAAGAACGGGAUGUAG